GUGUGCAUCGUGUACACGCAUUAGUGACGUAUGCACGAUGUAUACGAGAUGCGUAUGACAUCCUAUUUGUGUUGUUAUCGCGAAUUCACGUGUGUCAUACGGAUGGGGAAGGCAUAUUCAAAGGAAAGGUUUUCCGGUUAAUUCAUGCUAAUUCGUCGUUCGAUCUCGUUGAAUUUGACUGCGUGUAAAAAUACCACAUUAGACCAACAGAAUAAAGUGCAUGUAUGAUCCGCGUAGGUCCACAUAUUCUGAAUGUUGCGUGCUUUUGAUUCACGGUCAUGUGCCGAUUCGACGCUCGCUAUCCUCAUCGACGGCACUUGCAAAUACGAAAUGUCAACAUCCAGAGGUGAGCAGUGAGGUUUCUCGAUGGUGUAAACGACAGCACGUCGGUAUUGGAGUAUUCCCUUAUCUAAACAUGAUGUGUAAUAUGAUAAGAUUUGUAGUAUAAGUAAAAAGGAACUUUGCUAUGACUCACUCUGCGAAAUCAAAUUUAAACCAUGUAAACCAUAUAAAAUAACGCAGAUGAUAUCAUCAUUUAUCUAGUUGUAAAGUGGAUUAAAAAAAAAGUGCAGCAAUGGGUUCCAUCGCUUUAGAGGAGUACGAGUUGAUGAAAGACUCGAAAUAUCGAGUCUAUGUGUCUGCUGUUGACAAGGCCCUAAAAAGUUUUGAAUACACAAGCGAAUGGGCAGAUCUAAUAUCGGCAUUAGGGAAGCUCAAUAAGGUGUUAUUGAGUCAUAUGAAAUUUCCUGUUAUUCCAAGAAGGAUUAAAAUAUCGAAAAGAUUAGCCCAAUGUAUGCAUCCGGCAUUACCUUCUGGUGUUCAUUUAAAAGCUUUAGAAACAUAUGACAUUAUUUUUAAGUGUAUGGGCACUAAUAGACUGAGUCAUGAGCUCUUUAUCUAUAGUGCAGGCCUUUUUCCAUUAUUGGGACAUGCUGCUAUGAAUGUUAGACCGUCAUUAUUAACGGUAUAUGAGACACACUUUGUGCCACUCGGUGAAAGAUUGAGACCAGGAUUAAGUGGUUUUUUAAGUGGUGUCCUUUUAGGUUUAGAAGAUGGAUCCGAUCAUUUUGACAGAACCAAUUCCUUAUUGGAGAAAGUGUGCGAUGGUGUGGGUGCAGAACACUUUUAUGCGUGCCUCUGGGACUGCUUAGCUUCAAAUUCUGGCAUUCGAUUGCCCGCUAUAUCAUUUGUAUUAGCGCACUUCAACAAAAAACUGUCAACGGAGGAACAAAAAUAUAUUAUGGGUACUAAUACUACAAUUAUGGUUUCAGCCUUGUGUGCUGGAGUGCAAGAUACUUCGGUAUUAGUGCAAAGAAGUGCAUUGGAUUUUUUAUUGAUAGGCUUUCCUAUACACAACAGUCAAUUGACACAUCAGGAUAUGAUAUUAUUAAUCAAAGCUGCCUUAGUUACUAUACUGCGGAGGGACAUGAGCUUAAACAGACGUUUGUUUGCUUGGCUGUUGGGCACUGAAGUGAGCACAUCAAUUUUAAAGAAAAAGAACAAUGCAAAUACAGACACUAAAGAGGACUCUGCAACAUACUUUGAUAUGUAUUCGAAAGAAAUGUUAGUCGAAGCGAUAAAGCAUCUGCUUAAAGAAGUGUGCGAAGAAAAUUCGCAAGAUUUGAAGCCAUACAGAAUACUUGUCUCCUUACUCGAUAAGAUAGAUAUUGGACCAGUAAUUUUGGAUGAUAUCCUGUUCGAAGUGUUUAGGACAUUUUAUAACGCUUGUAAACAGUUCGCGCCGAGUCACUUACCGAAGGCGAAUGAAGUGGUGAAAUCUGCGAAUCUGUUGUUCUCAACUUUAGAACCAUCGUACAUCUGGAUACAUUGCGGACAUCUGUUUGAAAAAGCUUGUGACGCUAGAGCGAGGACACAGAUUGUGAUAGAAGAUAUUGUGGUGAGACCUAUUGGCAGUGGAAUGCCGAAUCUAGUGGAAGUAUGCAUACUAACGGAAUUCUUACUCGAGACAGUGUCAUUGGACGCGUUCAUAGACACUCCGUCUGAGCACCUCCCUGGUUUUUACGAAAUAAUUAGCAAACUUUUGUACCAUAUUAAUAUCUUGUCUCCGAUGGAGAUCUCGAAAAGUCUCAAAUUAUGCGCAAAGAUCUUAUCGAAAGUGCAACCGACGAUGAUAACGACUCAUACCGAUAAAUAUGAGAUAGAAGUCAAAGUGGAUGCGUCUCUGAAUAGCAUUGCAGCUCCUAGCGAUAAUUCUUUGAUGACGAUUCCUUUAGAGAAGAGUCAAUCGGACAGUAAGUUAAACAAACCCGAUACAACCAUUAAUUCCUUUCCCGAAAAAAGUCCGAGCACCAGAAGAAGAGCAAAUUCCGGCGGUGCGGCUAAAAGAAGCGACAAAAAGUCGAAGAAGAAGGGGAGCAAGAGCACUUCCAAGUUAACCGACACUUAUACUAUACAAGCUGACGGCAGUAGCAUAUCGGUUAUAGUGAGUGAGGACAGCAAGCCUAUACCGAGGAACAAGAGCAUGGACGACAUUAAAGCGAGCUGCCUGGAAACCAAUGAGAUGAACUCUUCUUCGUCAAAGAAUCAUUUGUCCACGUUGAAAAACUUGACAAAUGCGAGUCCGACGGGAUCGAUGACAUCCUUGUGCAGGGGACCAUCUCCGGCGUUUCAAGCGCAGCACUCCAUGCUGGAAAAAUGCCUCCGUCAAUAUGAGAUAUUUUACGUAAAAUUAAUUAGCAGCCGAAUACUUAGCAAGGACAGAACGGUGCAAGAUAUGUUCAAUCACUUAGUAGUGUCUUGCCCGAGGAAAAACUUCGACGAGACGAUGCGUUACCUGGAGCUUCUGCUCAAUUCCAGACUGAGCAUGGAGGACUCUGGAGUCUGUAGCCAAGACACAUCCGUAACUGAGGAUACCAAGUGCCUGGAUAUUUUUCAUCUAUUUCUUGAUAUCGCGACGCAUCUAGAAUGGAUCGAGGUCAUGAAGAUCGCAUCCAGCUUGUUUGUCGAGUUGUCUACGUUCCCCAAGUACUUCCUCUCCGGUGACGAUGUACUCGUGGAAGAAGAACCAAAGUUCGACCAUGUGCUUCCGGAUUGGCUGAAAGUCUUAAUAGUCUGCUCCUGCUGGUUGCAGAAUCAACCGGCGUUACAACUGACAAGCAUCGCCACGUUAUUGGACUUGGUAGCGUUGUUGAAAGCGCAUAAUGACGUCGAGACGCAUCCGAAGAGCGGUGAGGGUGUGACGACAGUAAUUAUGAUGCCGUUGCUGAAGCAAUGGCACGUAACUUAUCUGAUGCAAUAUACCAAUGUGUUCCAAGUGCUGGCACAUUCCUUAUGGCAUCAUUUAGGCGAGCUUCCCGCUCACAAGUUCAGGAUGCGGUGUGUGGAAUUGUUGCAUGAAUUACAUCACGCUUUGUACAACUCUUGCGACGCGGUUGAAGAUCUGAUAGGAUCCGCGCUUACCUCUGAAAAUCCCGAAAAAAAGAUCGAGGCGUUCAGUAGAUUUGCCACUUUGUGGCAUUUAGGACGAGAAAUUGAAACAAAUCCGAGGUUACGCGGCUGUCUCAGAACUUUCGACCAAUCUUUAUUGAAAAUGUUGGACAAUCUUCAACUCGCGGAUAACUCGCCGUUAAAACUGCAGGCCCAAUCGUGGCUACUACAUUCCUUGAUGCGCGGCGACAUAUCGCGCGUAAUAGACCCCUUGCUGACAAUACUUUUGGAUCCAUCCACGUGCCGUAUGAGCGUCCUUCACGUGAGCAUACAACAUAGUAAUACCGUCCUAACGAAGAACGAUCCCGUGGAAGAGAAGUCGGAGAUUCAGGACGACACGGAAGGUGCCGCAAAAAUCUACGCGAUUAGUUCGGUCGAUGGUAACGUGAUCUACCACGUAAGUGACAGCGUGGACGAAGAUAAGAAGUGGAAGAAGGGAAAGAAGAAGAAGCAGGCGAUAAAUCCCGUUAAGAUAAAACGAAUUUUCGCCGUGACGACGUUUGCGAAUGGCGAUAAUUGCAAUCACUAUGUCACCGAGAGGAAUCAGUUUAUGAAGGAACUUGAGGUACCGCCGAGUAUAUCCGGCAACAGAAAGAUCUCAGUGUUCGUGAACCCUCUGUCGAUCAACUGUAACGAAAACUCGAACGAUUCCUUAACGGAGGACGAUUCGCUGCCUAGUAUGCGCAAGACCAACCUGACGACGGAAUUGCUGAAGAACGCCACUCGCUUCAAGAAAAUUGAUUUCGAUAAAGGCUCUACUGCCAGUUUAGAUGAGAGUCUUUUCGAGUCGGCGAAUUCCAGUUUGAAAGCGAAGGAGAAGAACAGCUACAAAAAGCUGAAUGAUGAUGUCGGCUCGUCUUUAGAUUCUAUAACAAAUAGCUUGGACUCGAGCAGUCCCGAAGUAACUAACAAACAGUCGAAACCGAAGAAGGAAUCUGCCCUAAUGACUGGUGGUUCCAGGGAGGUAGCCGGCACUAUAAUAAAAGGCAGAUAUUACAGCACGAACGAAUUCAACACGAAUUAUGAUCACGAGAUCGGCAGUUUCGAAGCGAGCGCGGAAGUGCCUAGUUGGACAAUGGACGACGAUGACGGCGAUCUCGACGUCAGCACCACCGCGGAGGAGUACUUCAGCAACUCCAGCAGCGCCAGUAUAGUCGAGGAGAUUUUGAACGAGGUUCUCGAUCGCGCGAUGCAAUUGUGCGACAUUGCUGAGCCGCCCAAAAAUGAGGAAGUUCCACAGAACAACGCGAAGACUAAUCGGAACAUCGGCCUGGGUGUUCACAAUCUUCACUCUCACAUGUUGCUCUAUUGCGGGGUAUACGAUUCGGCUAGGACUCUCUAUGCUCUUCGUACGCUUAGGAAUGAACUGUUGACGAAUACGCGAAUGUUUCUGUGCUGCGCCGCGACGACCGGCGUGGCAACCGCGACAAAGAAUACAGCACUGUUAAAUCUGUUAGCGAGACAUAGGAAAAGUGUUUUUGGCAGAAAUUUUCACGGCGACGUAGCUAACACAGAAUUCAUAGCGGCUUACAGGAGCAGCAUGUAUCUGGAAGUGUUGAUAAGUGUGUGCCUAUAUUUUGCGAGAAGUUAUUAUCCAAAUCUUGGACAGAUGAGACUUACGUACGAAGAGAUUGCUGGUAAUCGCCAGGUGCAACUUGCAAGUGCGGAAUUAUUGACGUUGAUAUUUUCUGAAUUAAUCCCAAUCGUUCGUGACUCUGGCAAGGGUUUUAGCUGUUACAUAGUCGACUUGCUAACCAAAUGUAAAGUACAAAAGGUUGCUCUGCAUUGUCUCGUAUCCAGCGUGAUGAGUAUGAAAAACGCUCAUAAGGAAAACGAGGAUGUUUUUACAUUUACCGAAGAAAUCGUAUUAUUUAAUGAUCCGUUUGUCGAUAAUGAUGUUAAUAAAUGUAAAUACAGAGCGAGCGAUCAUACAGAAGCUUUCCAAAUACAAUUGUUACGGUUAUUGUUAGCGCUGAUUAUGUUAGAGCAUCAGUGCAGUAAUCAGAAAGGAGAGGAGAUUAAUCCGACAACAUCGUCCACACCAAGUUCGCCGACGCGUAAUCUGCCGAAUUUAAUCGGGAAUAGUUUGAAAUACAUUCCCGGUGCAGCAAUCCCGCAGCAACCGAUGUUUCUCGCUAGCAUACUUAGCGCAUUACAGCUUGAACACAUGAGACAUCUUCAUCAACAUUGGACAACCCUUGUUACGUCCAGUUUGCCUUUUAUGGGAUCAUCUUUAACGUCCGUUGUAACAUCGGUCAUUCAUCAACUAUGUAAUAACAUUGAACAUCUAGCAUCGUAUUACAUUAGCGAGGAAGCGGCGUUGAUGUCAAAGUUGCAAGAUAUAAGCACAGUGGAGUGCUGUCUACCCGCGGAUUACACAGUGACCCAUUUGGAGGCUUUGACAUAUUUGCUGCAUUAUUGUCUGCUAGAUACUUCUCAGCAAAUUGGAUUCUCAUUUAAUCAACCAUUAAGUGGUACAAUACAAACGGGCAUUCCCGGCGCUAAUCCUGGACAGAUAUUCAACAAUCUUAUACACGUAUUCAUGCCCAGUCCACUUUCUCCGGAUCUGACGACAGUGAAAGAUAAAACUGGUGCAACUGAGUUGCAGCAACACGCCAGAAGAACAGCGUUAAGCCAUUUGCCAAGAAUAAUAGCAUCUUUGUCUGCUUUGUGGCAAGCAGUUCUAGCAACGAAAGACAAUGAACAAGCCAGUUGUGUGGUGGGCAGUCCGAGAAUAGUCAAAUAUCAGUUGUUGGAACUCUUGUCUCCGAUUUCUUUCCAUCAUGGAGCUAACUUUUUGGCUGCAGUCGCAGUUGCCUGGCAUGAAAGACGCCAACCAUCCGCCGCGUCAAAGAAAAUACUUCCAGAAGCCUGUCCCAAUCAGCAAGUGAUGGUUCAUUUAGUCAGUGCGAUUCGCGUGAUGCCGAUUGACACUUUAGUGCAUACCGUGCAUCAAGUAGUGAAAACGCCACCACCGAUACACGGAAUCAAACAAGACUUCUCGCUGGAGGUCUCGGUGCUGGAAUUACUUUACGUGUACAUGCAGAGUAACACGUCGCAAUCGCUUAUCGAGUCUUGGGCAUCUUUGCUCAGUUUAUUGAAGGACGGUCUGUCAUUAACAGCGCCUGCUCAGUUUCUUCUGCUGGCUAUACUGAACGAAUAUGUACAAAAGUGUCCACCUAUGCAAGAAAAGAAAGAUAUCAAAGAUCUGCAAGACGUAUCUGCAAAAUUGAUUGAAUCGUGCUCGCAAAUAGCUGGCGCGUGUUUAGAACAAACAACAUGGUUAAGAAGAAAUUUGGCUGUCCGAGAAGACGCCUUCGAAGUGGCGGAGGGCUCUUCGGAAGGUAAAGAGGGAAAAACCGGUGCUGUGACACCUGGAACCCCACCUAACGCGGCAUACAGUGUCCAAGCGCAGGCAGUAUUGGCGGAAAUACUCGCACCAUUACUGGACGUCAGUUACGGCUCGCAAGAAAAGGAGCGCGUGGUAACGCUGCUAACGAAUCUCAUGUACAACGUUACGCCUUAUUUGAAAAAUCACACGAUAAAGAACAUCGCCUCAUUCACCGCUUGCUCUCAACUAUUGGCCUCCUUGUCAGGAUAUCAAUAUACGAGAAAGGCAUGGCGCAAGGAUGUUUUGGACUUGUUACUCGAUUCCGCUUUCUUCCAAAUGACGCCGGCGUGUCUGCCUUAUUGGAGAACUAUAAUAGACAAUCUGAUGACGCACGACAAUACUACUUUCAGAGAUUUAAUGAACCGCGUCUCUAUGGCACAAGGCAGUGGAAUUAGUAUAUUUUCGUCGAAGGAGCAGGAGUACGAGCAGAAAGCGCAACUUUUGAAACGUCUGGCGUUUGUCAUCCUCUGCAGUGAGAUGGAUCAAUAUCACAAGUACAUGCCGGAGAUACAAGAACGUUUAGCGGAUAGUUUACGCCUACCCCAAGUAAUCCCGUCUAUUCAGGCGCAAGUGUUUCUAUGUUUCCGCGUAUUGCUAUUGAGAAUGUCACCACAACACGCGACGUCCUUAUGGCCGGUCAUAGUUAGCGAGCUUGUUCAAGUUUUCCUCUACAUUGAACAAGAAUUGAAUACAGACAGCGAAGAGUUCAGUCGUCACAGCAGCUCGCACAUUAAACUGUUGUCGGCUCUGGACUCGUCGUGGGCCGUUAACGCUAGCAAUGGACUUCAAGCACACGGACAUCCUCACUGGCUGCAACUACAACUGGCUGCUGCCAAGCUGCUGGAUCUCGCGUUACUAUUGCCCGCACAUAGAUUGCCGCAAUUUCAAAUGUAUAAAUGGGCGUUCGUCGGAGACGCAGCGGCAGGAUGUAUGGAUAACAAUAAUUUAUCCUCGGACUUUGUACCGCACAUUACAAGAAUAGCAAAAUUAAUGGACAGUAAGUUCAAACCAGACGGUCCAUCGCCCAAAAGGAAUCCAGGAGAGCUUCUAUUGACGUCAAACAACGUCCGCUCUUUGCAAGACUUACAUCACUUCUUUUCUAGCCUAAGUCGCGCCACUUGUGACAUGCACAUACCCAUAAAUAAUACGCAAUUGGAGACCGUAAUCGAACAGGACUUCCUUGAGAAGAUGCCGACUGUGCCAGCGAGAUAGUAGGGAUACAUCAAGAUAUACAAGUAAUAUCCAUUCUUCAAAGGAAACGUAAGAAAUAUGUUGUUAAGACACUCUCUUUGUCGUUUCAUAUAUUUAUAAAAAGUAUAUGUAUAUAAGGUAUCUCAGAUUCGCGCCGUAUCUACACACUGUCUAUGAGGAAAUAUCACGUUAUAUAAAUAUGGCACAAUUAGAAUACAGACAUUCAAAAAAUGCGCCAACUGUUCCCGCUGUUAAACGUCCAAUCAAAUAUUCCCUUAGAGAAGAAAAUCACUCCACAUUGAUCAAGAUAUAGAAAGUAGUGAAUGAAAGAAGAUACGAUGAACUUGAGACACCCUAUAUUCGAAUGAGUUUUAAACUGUAAGAUGGAUGAAAAAUCGACGCAUCAUCAAGCUAACUUCUUCAUCGACAAAUUAAUCAUAGAUGAGAUAAGAGAUUUCCAUUAUAAUUCUGAAAAACCAGAAGUGAAUCUGGAAUGAAUCAGAAGGGAGUCUGUAAAAUAACCCGACAUUUUUUGUUACUGGUUUUUAUUAAUUAAGCUUUCGACUUGUCUCCUCAUUCGGUUGUGAAUAGUUAUCAGCUUGUAUAAUACAGCAAGCUAAACUCGCGCGUUGGCCUGCUAAUGUAAAAUUGUAUAGAGCGUGUACAGUGUAACAUAAUAUUUAUAUGGAACGAGGUCUUCCCGCCACUUUUUCACUGUCUGUCAUAUUUCAUUUCUUCUUUCUUUAACUUUACAUAUUAUCGUGUAACUUAAAAGUGAUCACUUAUACACGUGCGGAGGAUUCUCUACAGAUCUUUUUUCAGACAGACAAAGAUUUUGCUGAAGCGUGAACAGUGAAUGAUGAAUUGCAAAGAAUAAGAAUUAACGUCCUACUUGUGCAAUAUGAAAUAUGCAGUUCGCAAUAUCUGUUUGGAAUAUCAAUUAGAGAAUGUGGAAGUUUAUGAAGUUUUAUGGUGAAACUUGAAGUGGAUGGGAUUGAAACGCUCGGAAUCAUACGAUGCAUUUGCAAUGGUUUUCGCAUGCAUCACCACUUAAAGUAAACAUAAUCUGCUUUCCGCGCCACUAUUUGUGUCGUCAGGCCAACCCAUCUGUCUUCAUAUAUUUCAGACUAUUUGACUAAAAGUAUUCACCGUGAAGUUUUACAGAAAAAACUUCCGCGUCGUCUGAUAAUGUGCUAUGUUAUGUCAUACACUUUUUGUUUUAAUGAACAAAUUGUCGGUAUCAACCGAUAAAUUAUUAUAAUAUUAUAUAAAGCGGUAAAGUAUCAUGGCGCGCUUGAAAUAAGACAUUAUAUUUUUAUGCAAAACUAAUAUAUACUGAAAGAUAUCUAAUAUUCCAAGAAUAUCUACCUAAACUAUACGAUGUAUUCUCAUAAAGCCUCUGCACACAGUUAAGAAGUAAAUGAGAACUUGAAAAUAAUAUUGGAAUAUAUAUUAUGAAAAAUGUACACGUCUAUUUUGCUCAAUAAAAGUCCAAAGUAAGAGAUAUUUAUUUUCAAACACAUAUUGUCGUUAUCUUUUACAAUUUCAAAUAAGCUUAUAUGCUAUC